AUGAAAAUAAGGUUUUAAAGUGUGGUCGGGCUGCUUUUUAUGCUCGUUGCCGUGACUUUGCUUAGUUUAUCGCAUGUUUUCACUAAAUAGCUCUUCUAAUCAUCAAGUGGAAUCAAUGUUUUGGAAGUACUAAUUAUUAGAGCCAUUUUCUAAAUAGUUCUCAACCAAAUUCUGAUAUAGCUUCUAGGCAACAUUAGCUAUUUUAAUUUGACAAGGGAUCAAAUCAAGAAACUUCUAUGGAGAUUCGGUCUAGGCUACUCAUCUUGGGUUAUGCAAAUAUACACGUUCAACUACUUACCACUGGGAACAAUCUAGGUAAUCUAAAACCUGACACCCUUUUUCUCAGCUAUAUUUGGGUAUAUUAUUUUGAGGGAGACUUUGAAGGCGAUAGAAGUAGUUAACACACUGAUAUCAUUUUCUGGUGUAAUAUUUAUUGUGGUAUUGUCCUCGUAAGGCCAGAACACCCACGAAUCUCUUAGAAAUAUUUCCUAGUUCUUGUUCAUAUUUUCAAUCGUACUGAACUUUAUCAGCGCUGUUAUCAGUUCUUUAGUUGGAGUGGUUAUUAGACAACUACGAGGAGUUCAUUUCACUAUGAUUGCUGGAUUUCAAGGGAUAUGCUCUGUUAUAGUUUCCUCAAUAGUCCUGACUAUCUAGAAAUUAUGGGUCAGUCAAGAAGGAUUUUAAUAUAAUAUGUCUUAGACAGACUAUGUAAAUGCUUUAGGACUUGGUAUAUUUGGAGCACUAUCAUAAAUAUGUUUUGUGAAGGCGCUUUUAUAUGAUAAAGCUGGCAGAUGUGCCAGUCUAUUGCUCAUGAAUAUAGUAUAUGGCUACUUAUCUGAUGUGCUAUUUUUCAAUUACGAUAUACAGAUAUUUGAAAUUGUGGGUUCAAGUGUAAUCAUAGCCUGCUCUGUAGUAAUCUUUGUUAUCAAAUGUUAUUUUUACAAUGACUGA